UUAAACAAAUCAAUAAAUAUUUGAUGUCUAAUUUAGCAGCAGAACAGCAAAAACAAAUUGUUGAAUCUACUAUAUAUUGGGCAUAUAUAAUUUUGCUUAACGAUAUUGAAUUUAAUAACCAAGAUGUUGAAUGUAAUAAUAAUUUCAUUGAGAAUAUAUAUGACACUUCAUGGUCAUAUUUAUCAUCUCUAAUUAGUAAAAGUGAAUAUUCAACUAUUCAAGAAAAACUUGAAUGUGAAGAAGAAACACAGGAAAGGGAACUUAGAAUUUUUAAGAAUCAUCAUAAUAAAGGAAAGGUUCUCAUUGUACAAGACAGUAAUAAACAAUUGAUUUCUGUUAAAAAUGUUUUGGAUCCUGCAUAUCAUGUAGGAAAAGAAGCACUACGCAAGAAAUGCAUCAAAGAUGCACAGGAGAAUAAUCAAACUAAAAAAAAUCAAAAUCAAGA